AGGAAGCACGUCUGUACGGUGUGCAAUAGGCGCUUCAAUAGACCGAGUAGCCUCCGCAUACAUGCUAACACACAUACCGGUGCUACACCAUUCCAAUGUCCAUUCCCCGGGUGCGGUAGGCAAUUCAAUGUGAACUCUAACAUGCGCCGCCACUACCGAAACCAUACC